CUACUUGCAGAAAGUCACUGUGAGCCCCAUUACGUGACCAAUUUGAAGAAGUACUUUAAUGAUGGAUACUACACAGGAACUUACUACAAAAAAAUAUCGUCGAAAGAAGGUAGGUCAUUUACUUUCUUUUUUUCUUUUAAAAAUAGAUUUAUCUUCCUUCUUGUUCUGACAGCUUAACGCCGCCAGAAGAGAGAAGAAAUCCAACCACCAAUUUUAACUCCCUCCCCCCCCCGCCGAGUGUCUGAAUAAAAGGCUAAAAGGCCCUCAAGAUCACAUUGCAGAUCACAAAAUAAAAUUAUUGACCAUUCUCGGCUAAGAGCACGUCUCAAUUAAGUCACUGAUGAUUCAUCUCCACUUUCUGAGAGGAAAAGAAACAAAAACGAGUGAAAACAAACUGCUCAGAUCAACAAAAACAUGCGUUUAAAGAAAAGAUGUUCUCAGAUGCAUUUAGUUAAGACUGCUUUUUCUGCGAAGUUUAAGCCAGUAACCCUAAGUCGGUACAACAAAGUAACAAACUUUGAUUAUCACUUUAUUGGGAUUUUGUUGGUUGGCUUCUACAUCAAAAUUUGAGAUCAAGUCUCAGUAAAAAUGAAAAUAUUGACAACGAUUUUUCCGUUUUUGGUUAGAGCUGGAAACCGAAGCCAAGGAAGCAUUUCGCGAAUUUCUGAUAGCUAUGAAGUAUAAAGAUAUUGAACGGUUCUUCAACGAGUGGAAGAUGACAUUUGAGAGCGAUGGACCGUUCACAUCUGAACAGGAUCUCGGUAAUCUGGAGAAGGCAAUGACUGAUCCUGAUGAUUUUAUGGUAGGAACAUUGCUAAAGAGUUUUAUUGAAAUAAGCCAAUGGUGUGUAGGGGAAAAGAGCGUGAAUUUUCAAAAAGAAAUUUUAAAAAAUUUUACAACUGGAGUUCAAGUUUUGAAAAUGUCAAUUGUGAAAAGUGGUCUCACUUGCUAAGGAAAACAAACGAAUCAAAACUAUUUUAUGUUCAAAAUAACAUUAGAACUUUUAUGCGUUUUAUUUCCCAACAACCAAAUCAUUUUGUCAAAAAAUAUUUUGGAUCUCGAGUAACUUAUUUUCACAAAUAUGAAAGAAUGUCUUUUAAGCAAACACGAUCAUACAAGCUUCUUACCGUUUAAUCUGUAAUAAGCGGCACCAUAUAAAGCGCUCACCCUGUAUUAAGCGGUGCGUUUUCAAAUUCCCGACACCUUUUACCCUUAAAGGGGGACCACUCGAUAAAACUUAGAGUAAUCUUUCAAGUUUUUAUCUCCCGAAAUCAAAGUCAGUAGUAUUUUUGAGCCAGUUUUUGUUCAUUGAAUGGUAAAUAAUGGCAUAAGUUGACGUUUUUUUUAUAAUAAUCUUAAUCUGUGGAACCUGUUUCAAGUGGUCACCGCGCCAUUCCCUUAGGUGACCGUCUAAUAUAUGUUCGACUGUACCUUUUUUAGGCUCGUAGUGGUUCACGUUGGUGUUGAUAAAAAAAAUUACAAUUUUUGACAACAGCUUGCUGAAACCACUUCGUUUCAAACAACCAUGAUGAACAGUACUGACAGCAUUUAGAAGGAUAUAAGAACACAGUCCCAAGCGAAAAGAUUUCUGAACGCCCAGCUUCAGUUUUAAUCUCUUUUUGUUUUUUUCUUAUCUGCUAUAAAUGUUUUCACCGAAAGACAAGAUUGUAUAUUGGUGAUCUUCUUACCAAUCGAGAUGACGCAGAUCAAGCAACAGACGCUUACAAAGAAGCAUUUGUGUCAAAGGACGAUAAAAGAGUAAGUUAUGGCAUAAGCACAACUGGACGUAUAAGUAAAAUGUUCUUUUGGUAUUAGUAUUAUUAUUAUCAUCAUUACCAAUAUCAUUAUCUUUGUCAAUAUCAUUAUCAUCAUUACCAUUGUCAUUUUCAUUAUCACUAUCACUAUCACGAUUGCUAUCAUCAUCAUCAUCAUUACCAUUAUCAUUAUCAUUAGUAUCAUCAUCAUUAUCAUUAUCAUUAUCAUUACCAUUACCAUUACCAUUACCAUUAUCAUUGUCAUAGCCAUUGCCAUUGCCAUUGCCAUUGCCAUUGCCAUUAUCAUUAUCACUAUCAUUAUCAUGAUUAUCAUUAUUACAUGUAAUAAUAUUAAAUAUGAAAAAAAGGUGAUAGCCUAAAAAAUAAAUAAGUCUUGAAUAGGAAAUGAGUAAACAUUCGUCCCCCUUUAAAAAAUAAUUUCCAUUUGAUCUCUUGUUUUAAAUUUCUCAAUAACUGUUGACAAUUCUCUUCAAACAUCUACGAAAAAGAAGACUGGCAAUGUAUAACAGUGUACACUAUUAACCUUGAUGAUUGUAUCAUAGGUGGCAUUGUUCUACCUGGGAGAUGAGGACAUCAUGCAUGGAGUGUUGGCAGCUGGAGUCAGAUCCAACAUGGAUGCUGUCUUUUUAGUUUUUCUUAUCGAUUGA